UUUAAUAUGCAUCAUCAAUGCACACAAGGUCUAGACGACCCUGAUUGGUUCCAAGAUAGGAAAGAGAAUGACAAAGAAUUAGGUGAAGAGCUUAUUAAGAACAAGACCCCGAAAAUGGGAACAAUCCAGACCUUCUUCACCUUACUCAAAGGGUUCCUAGGAGCAGGGAUGUUGUUUCUUCCGAAUGGAUACAGUAAUGCAGGGUGGUUAUUUGGAACUGGAGGUAUCAUAAUUAGCAUGCUGAUCACCAUGACGUGUGGACUACUUCUGAUCCAAGUUGCUUCAAAAUAUCCAGGAACUUUCUCAGAACUAGGAUUUCUAGCGAUGGGAAAUAAAGGAAGAUAUAUCUGCGAUCUUGUCUUAGCUCUUUCCCAAGCAAGCUUUGUAACAUUUUACAUUGCUUUUAUCAGUCAAAGUUUGAACAACAUUUUUGAAAAUCAUUGGGGGUUUACAAUAAACAUCUGGAUAAUCGGAGUAAUUUUGUUCUUCAUAUACACUCCACUUUGAUGGUACAGGAAGAUUCAGUCUCUAAAAAGAUUCCAUAUUCUUGCAGAUAUCACUGUGUUUCUUGCUGUAGGAGUAUUGACUGAAGUGGGGGUAACAUUCUACUUAUCCCAGGGCUCUUUUGCAGAUGAUACGAGACUCUUCAACCCUGAUAAGUACUUGAUAUUUGUGGGAACUGCCAUAUUUAUGUUUGAAGGAGUUGGCAUAGUUCUCCCAGUGAGAGAAGCCUGAAGAAACAAGGAUCAAUUUCCUGCUAUCUUUGUAACAAUGAUUUUGUUUUUAACAUGAAUGCUUAUUUCCUAUUCAAUGUUUCAAUAUAUGGUAUACGGAGACCAACUGCUCUCAACCGCUCCAAUGAUUACUAAAUUACUCACACAUAAAGGCAUCGUAGUGGAAAUCGUUAUGCUGAUGUUUAUCAUGAGCUUUAUAUUCUCUUAUCCAUUAGUGAUCUAUCCAUCUCAUCUCAUAAUAGAAAGCUACAUAAUUGACAAGAAGACUUCAUCUUCCUCUCAAGUUUGGAUUAGAAAUCUCAGCAGAGCUCUUGUUGUAUUUGCAACAUUAUUUAUAGGAAUAUACUUUGAGGAUACUCUAGAUAGACUACUAUCGAUAAUAGGAACCUUAACCUGCACUCCAGUUGCCUUCAUUAUGCCAGCAGUGUUUCACUUACAGCUAGUAGCAGAUACCAGAUUCACUAAAGCAAUAGACUACUCCAUAAUCCUCCUCGGAAUGACACUCCUAAUCGGAUUAACCUCUUACACAAUCAUUAGCUGGCAAUAAUAACCACCCGCACAAAACCCAAAGGUUUCUUUCAAUA